AUGUUCCUUGUCGACAACCUGCCCCCCCUGAGGGCGGACGAGACCGUCGUAGCCCUCGGGAUUGAGGGCUCGGCGAACAAGGUAGGCGUUGGCAUCGUUCGCUACGACGGCGAGUAUGCGAUCCUCUCCAAUCCGCGCGAGACGUACGUGACGCCGCCGGGGAGCGGCUUCCGCCCGCGGGAGACGACGGCGCGGCACCACCAGCGCCGCGUCGCGCCGCUCAUUGCGAGGUGCCUCGCGGACGCGGGCGUUCGCGGCGAGGACGUGGAUUGCGUGUGCUACACGCGCGGGUCGGGCGCCCGCGCGCGCGCGCGCGUCGACGCCGGCCCGGCGACGUCGGCCCCCGCCCAGGCGCGGCUCUGGCGCGUGCCGCUCGUGCCCGUGAACCACUGCGUCGCGCACAUCGAGAUGGGCCGCGUCGCCACAGCCGCGAGCGACCCCGUCGUGCUCUACGUGAGCGGCGGCAACACGCAGGUCCUCGCGUACAGCGGCGACCGCUACCGCAUCUUCGGCGAGACCGUCGACAUCGCCGUCGGCAACUGCCUCGACCGGUUCGCGCGCGCCGUUGGCCUGAGCAACGAUCCAUCGCCGGGCCUCAACGUCGAGCGCGCCGCGGCGCGCGGCCGCGCGCUCGUCCCGCUGCCCUACGGCGUCAAGGGCAUGGACGUGUCGUUCAGCGGCCUCCUAACGCACGCCGAGGCGCGCGCGCGGCGGCGCCCCUCGCCGGGCGCGGCGACGGCCGAGGACCUCUGCUUCUCGCUCCAGGAGACAAUCUUCGCGAUGCUCGUCGAGGUCACGGAGCGCGCGAUGGCGCACUGUGGCCGCAAGGACGUGCUCCUCGUCGGCGGCGUCGGCUGCAACGCGCGCCUCCAGGCCAUGAUGGCCGACAUGGCCCGCGGCCGCGGCGGCGCGUGCUGCAAGAUGGACCAGCGCUACUGCAUCGACAACGGCGCCAUGAUCGCCCAGGCGGGCAUCUUCGCAUACCAGCACGGCGCGCGGACGCCUCUCGCCGCGUGCGACUGCACGCAGCGCUUUCGCACCGACGACGUGCGCGCGAUCUGGCGCAAGGGCACGGAUCGCUGAAGCGGGACUAGAGUUCAAUUCGGUAGCUGUU